AUGCCUCCACGUCGGACGAACAGCCGUGGUGCCCAUGUACGCUCCGUCUCUCUAGCCGACGAGAAUGCGCCGGUGAACUCCCUCGUUGGCCCUCAACGCUCCAAGGCGGCGCUCUUAUCGAAGCCUACCCGUAAUGGAGCUACAUCCUCAAGCUCGAAGGACUCAACCCACAAGUCGUCGUCCUCUGUCGGUGCAAGCACUGUCACAGGCCGCAGGGUCUUAGGCGACGUCAGCAACGCAGUCAAGGCUGCAAUCUCCGCCAAGGCCGAUCAAGAUGCCAAGGACCACAAACCUCUUUCCAAACCGGCGAAAGUCCGCAGAGUCGGAAGCCAAACCUCAUUCGAUCACUCUGAUUCGUCCGCAAACGCUCGCACCUGCCUGGAUGGGCCUGCCGCCACGUUUGGCGGCAAUGCAGGCAAGAAAGUUGCAGCUACCCUCAAGAACCGCUCUUCCGCUCAAAGUCUCAACUCCACCGGUGUCAAUACCAAGCGCAAGUCCUCUCACAAACCGACCAGCUCAUCCUCAAACCCUUGGGCUGCAGUUGCUCCGAAGGUGCUACGUGACGAGCUUAACGAAGUCGAAGUGAUUGCCGACUAUGACGAUCAAAUCAAACUAGACGAUCUAGACGAAGUUUCGCAUGAAUAUGCCCGACACGAAUAUGAAACGAUCCCCUCGAGAGAUGAGCAGAUGGUUUUAGAUCCCCAAGAAGAACACAUGACCCUUGAAGAAGAAGUCUUUUCGAAACCGGAAUCAAAACAAGCUGGCAAGGCCGAACCCGAAGAUUUCACCAGCGCCUCUGAACCAGACCACCAUGAUCACGAAGACAUGUUUCAAGCGCCGAGGGCCCGAGCGGCCUCCUUCAGCUCGGAGGCAAAUGAGCUCAGCAUAUGCAGGAACCAUGUCGAACACAACUUCAAGGAUGCAUCGGCUGAUAACUGGAUCAUGCUCGCUGACGAGGAUGAAGAGGAAUGCGCUCAAAUCAUCGCAGCUGUCAAAGCUGACUUUCAGGAAGAGCUUGAUUACUGGGAUGCUACCAUGGUAGCCGAGUACAGCGAGGAGAUCUUUACCUACAUGGAGUCCCUUGAGGAAACUACCCUUCCCAACCCGAGAUACAUGGAUGCGCAAACGGAAAUCGAGUGGGACAUGCGCACGACUUUGAUCGACUGGUUGCUCCAAGUGCACAUGCGCUACCACAUGCUUCCCGAGACCUUGUGGAUCGCCGUCAACAUCAUCGACCGAUUCCUGUCCAAGCGUGUUGUCAGCUUGGUCAAGUUUCAACUCGUCGGCGUCACUGCUAUGUUCGUUGCUGCCAAGUACGAGGAAAUCAUGGCUCCGAGUGUCGAGGAGUUUGUCUACAUGACCGAGAACGGCUACACCCGUGACGACAUCCUCAAGGGCGAGAAGAUCCUCUUAAACACUUUGGACUUCAGAAUCUCUCCUUACUGUUCUCCAUACUCGUGGCUCCGCCGUAUCUCGAAGGCGGACAACUAUGAUAUCCAGACACGCACGCUGUCCAAGUUCCUCAUGGAACUCACUCUGCUCGACCACCGUUUCUUGCGGGCCAAAUCAAGCAUGGUUGCAGCCAUUGGGAUGUACACUGCCCGUCGAAUGCUCGGAGGUGAUUGGAACGACGCGUUCAUCUACUACUCGGGCUAUGCCGAGGCGCAGCUGAUUACCCCGAUGACCUUUCUUAUCGAGUUCCUGUCAACGGAAGGCUUCGAAGACCGCUUCGUGUACAAAAAGUACGCCAACCGCAAGUUCCUCAAGGCGAGCGUGUUCGCGCGAAACCAGGCUUUGAAGCGGGGCCGCGAGGAGUCAGCCUCUCCCGAAGAAGCUUGA